AUGAACCCAUCAAAACCUCUGAUAAACCGAAACCAAACUUCCCUCAUAAUAAACCAAGUCCUCUCAGUAAUGCUCCAAGACCGCCCAUUUGACGCCAAACUCGCAUCAUCAACAACUAACCCAAAUUUACUAACCGCCGAUUCAGUCUCCGAUAUUCUCCGGUCAAUACCCAGAUUCUUCUUUCAUUCCCCACGUUCAGUUGGCCGUCAAAACACAACUCGCCAUCGCUCUCCUUUAAAACAACGUAAUCUCAAAGAAGAAACCCAUAAAUCCCGCCACAAUGUACUCAUUCUUGGUCCAGCUGCUUACAGAGACGCCAAAAGGGUCGCUUUAGGUUUUAAGAAAGCAGUUGAGUUCUUUUAUUGGCUUGAAACUCACUUCAGUUUUAAACACACUGAAAUUACAUGUAGAGAGAUGGCCAUUGUGUUGGCUAGAGGGAGUAAAUUGGAUGAAUUAUGGCAGUUUCUCAAAGAAAUGGCUCAAAGAGAACAUGGGAAUUGUUUAGGCAUUGUUAGUGUUAAUACUGUUACCUGUUUGAUAAAAGUCCUAGGAGAGGAAGGUUUGGUCAAUCAAGCACUGGCUCUGUUUUAUAGAAUGAAGCAAUAUCAUUUAAAACCGGAUGUUUAUGCGUAUAAUACCAUUAUUUUUGCGCUUUGUAAAGUUGGGAAUUUUAAAAAGGCAAGAUUUUUAUUGGAACAAAUGGAGUUACCGGGAUUUAGAUGCCCGCCUGAUACUUAUACUUAUACUAUAUUGAUUAGUUCUUGUUGCAAGUAUGGUUUGCAAAUUGGGUGUAGAAAGGCCAUACGGAGGAGGAUAUGGGAAGCUAAUCGUUUCUUUAGGAUUAUGUUGUUUAAGGGUUUUGUUCCUGAUGUUGUCACUUAUAAUUGUUUGAUAAAUGGGUGCUGUAAGACUAAUAGGAUUGAGAGGGCUCUUGAGCUUUUUGAGGAUAUGAAUAAAAGGGGUUGUGUGCCGAACCGUGUUACUUAUAAUUCUUUCAUUAGGUAUUUUAGCGUGGUAAAUGAGAUUGAUAAGGCUGUUGAGAUGUUAAGGAGGAUGCAGAAGAUGAAUCAUGGUUUGGCAACUACAAGUUCUUAUACUCCGAUUAUUCAUGCUUUGUGUGAAGGAGGAAGGGUGCUAGAGGCUCGAGUUUUUCUUGUUGAGUUGGUUGAUGGGGGUUCUAUACCCAGAGAGUAUACAUAUAGGUUGGUUUGUGAUGCAUUGAAAUCAGUGGGAGAGGGCAAUUUACUCGGUAGUGAUUUCGAUAAGAGAAUUAAAGAUGGUAUAGAAGAUAGAUAUAGGGAAGUGAAGAAUGUGAAACCAAUUAUGGCACGUAAGAUGAUGUUGUAG